AUGGAGCAGGAGCCUGCAGGGCGCCAGCGUCUCCGCUGUCGGGAGCGGCUGUGCGGUCUUCGCAGGGGACGGCCGCAAGCCGCCGGCCACGCCAGCGGCAAGUGUUUGGCUGGCUGCGGGCGCGCCCCGCGCCGCUCUGCUCCCUCGGGUCCGGAGGCGGCGGCGGCGCUCAACUGUGUGUGGAAUGCCGCCGACCCCGCCCCCGCCGCCGCCGCCGCUCUCCCACGCCGAAUUGCCGGCGCGCGUGGGCGGCGGCCGCGGCACCGGCGGCACUUAGCGCUGUUAUUUAUAGAACAAAAGCACGCGUCGCCGUUCCGACCGACGCAAAGAGACGCGUGUGCCACGCCUUGGUUUGCCCUUGCCUGUCGCUGCGCCUGGCGGUAUGUUUUCCGCAAAGCGGCCGAGCGGAAGCCUCCACCGUGGGAGUCGGUCAGCGACGCCGAGUUGAGCUACAUGCUGCUGCUGCUGUUUGCUGGUGGUGGUGGUGCCGCCCGUGUUCGUCAUACAACGCACCUGGCGGGCGGGCGGGCGAGCGAGCGUGACACAGCCCGAGCGCGGCGUGGUUUGCUAGCGGCAGCGCGCUGCCCCGCGACGCGUCGGCACGCCCUCACCGCCGCUGCAGGCACGGCGGCACCAGCGCGCUCGGCCGCCGCUGCACCUGUGGCCCCAGCUGCGCCGCCGCGCCCGCCGGCCACCACCUUCCUCCAGGGGCGCGUGAAGGAGGCCGGCGGCGAGGCGUCGCUAGCGGCGGCGGCGGCGGCGGCGGCGGCGCUGAAUGGCUGCAGUGGCAGCGGCAGCGGCAGCGGCGACGCUAUUUCUGCGUGA